AUGCAGUCAUCAGGCAAUCAACAGGUGUCAGCAUCGACAUCAUCACCAAACCUAAUGGCAAACACUGGCAACAUUGCAUCCUCUGCAUCAACCUCAUUCACAUCAUACAACAAACUACCUGCGAUUGACUUUGAACAGAUGUUCUCUGCGAUACUAAAGGAAUCAACUGAUACAUUAAAGUAUUGCCAUUUGGUACAGUUUAUUAAUACUGGAGGAAAGAAGAUUGGAAAGUCAUGGCAGCCAUUCAAUAAGAAGCAUUCAAAUCCAGCAUACUUGGUAUUGGGCGCAAAGAGUGUGAUGAUAGUGGAUGCCACUACAGUGCCACCCACAUUACAGCGUCGUCUGCCUUAUUGUGAUCUGAAGGAGAUGUUGGUCGACAGCUCUGACGUGGGACUGUUCUCACUGCAGCUCACAAAGGAGCAGAUGGACAACAAUCACAAGCAUCCACAGCCGCUGCCCAGCAUCGUAUACUUUUGCGUUGGUGCCGAGCGACGUGAACUGAUCGACAGUGUUGUGGCCACGUUCGAGGAGGCCACCAAGGAGUACUUUGCACUGGAGCACAAGGGUCUGUUCGUCAUUAGGAGGACCAACAUGCUGGCUGGCGAGGCCAAGGAGCAAAAGGAAGAGCUCAAGUGCGCCACACUCAAGGUGCUCGACGAGAUGUCCCUCAUGGGAUUCACCGCACAGGACUUGUGGGAUGGCGAUGCUGACCUCAAGCAUUGGGUGGCCAAGGUUAGGCCAAUGAUCAAACUAAACAGUGACGAGAGGUUUGUUGUGGAGUUUGUACUUCCAGACUCUGCCUAUGACACGGCGGGUGUCUGUAAGAAGGUGUUCAGAGUGCCCAACAACAUAUCAGCAAGAGAGAUCACCAACUUCCUUUGUGCUAAGAUACAUGUACAAGACCCUACCAACUUCACGAUUGUCACGAUGAAGGGUCGCGAGAUAUUGCCAGAGGACUUCCUCGUUGAUUAUGGUUUGGGAUCAAUGUUUGAUAAUUGGCAGUUGUGUCUGGUCGAGCGUGGAAAGAUGAAGCGAGCCGGUAUGUAUGAGCUGGAGGUGCACUAUCCCGAUGUGCCACAGUACGCCGGCAGGUUCAUGCGCAGUAUCCUUGUGGAUGGCUAUCAGCCUGCCGAGGUGGUGGUGCGCGCACUAUGCAAGGACAUGGAGAUCAUCAAGCCACAUCUGUUCUCAAUGUCAGUUGAGGCACCUGGCGCCACAAGCUCAUUCAUCGUUCCUGACAACGAGCAACUGUCCAAGCACGGACUGGGCGCCAAGUUCCGCAAGUGUAAGAUAAAGCUUGUGCCAAAGAAGUUCCCCAAGGCCUCCAGCAACAGACAGCAGAACAUCGAUGUAACUCUGUCAAUAUUCAAUGAUGUGAUUGAGGCUGCACAUCAACAGGCGUUGGAGCGCAAGGAGCUUCGUAAGCAGGUACUGUGCCAGCAGCUAGUGGACAUGAUGGUGGAUAUCGCCUAUGAGGAGUGCGUCCGCGCCUCCACUCUGACGAUGCGUAUGGCAUCACUGAGCGCAAUCAGCAAGACUGCGAUGUAUAAGUUCCUGGCACUGAAGGAACAGGAGGAUCUCAAGUUCUUCAGCAUGCUUGGCCACAAGCACGUGGUGGACGAUGCCAAGGACUUGAUAUACAACCUCACCAAUCUCAAUGGCCCAUCGGCAUUCAUCGAUGUGGACCAGGAGGAGCAGCCAUCGCUGCAGAUGCGUGUGCCACCUCCACCUCCGCCACCCAUUCUCGGCUUUGACAAUUUCAAGAAGCGUCUUGAGACUUCGGCCACGCCAACAUCAGCGACCAAGGAAGCGAUAUCCCAGCAACAGCGAGCGACCCGUGUCGGAGGUGGCAAUUUGAACGUAGCCAAUGCCGUGGACAUGAACCAGAUUUUGGGAAUGAGAGGUAAACUGAGGGCAACUGUACAACUAAAGAAGGAGGAUGAUGGCAAGUUUGAUGAGACACAAGAGUUGGUGCUGCGACCGGUAACACAGCGAGAGAAGCCGAUUCAAGUGACCAACAGCAAGGAGACCAACGAAUUGAUGCAGAGACUUCAAAAGAGGAAUGCCAUUGUACAAUCAGCGUUGGCAGAUGCAGAGGAUCUAGGUGACUUCUAA